UCCUCCGUUUAAACCUCAGAAAUAGCAAGACCGAAAAAAAAAGCACAAGCAAAAAUUGAGAAAAAAAUGGGUGAUUGUAUGAGGAACUGUAAACGAAGUGCAGAAGCAGCUGAAAUGGAAGCUUCAAGCACGAGCUUCUCAUUAUCAAAGAGAAGAAAAACUGUUGGUUCUCGAGAAUUGCAAGAAUUAGAGUUAACUUCACCGGACAUUGAGCUCGGAACCACUCGCAUCCUUUCAAAUUCGCUGAACAAGCCUAUUUACUUAGCUACUUCCUCGGGUUCUUGUGGAGUGCUUGCCGGAGAUAUGUGUUCCGGUCUCUUCUCCGGCGAUUCAUCGGCUUCUCGUUGUUCGAGCAACGAGUCGUGUGAUAUUCUCAAAGAUAGCUUGAGAUUCGUAGAUCUAGAGGCAAAGAGUUUUGAAACUGAAAUCUCAACGUGCACCAACGUCAACAAAUUCAGUAGAGAAACACCUCCCUUAAGCGAGCAUUGUGGAGACUCGGACGAAAUGCAAUCGCCUGAGAAAAAACCUCCGCCGUCAACGACGAAACCGCCGAAGAUUCCGUCACAAGCUGAGAUCGACGAAUUCUUCUCCGUCGCGGAAAAGUACGAGCAAAAACGAUUUGCAGAGAAGUACAAUUAUGAUAUCGUCAAGGAUGUGCCUCUCGACGGUCGAUACCAGUGGCUUCGCCUAAAGCCUUGAAGACAAAGAAAAAGAAAUGUUAGAGUUACACAAGGCAACACGGAAACCACAUUUGACAAAAGAAACGACAUGGGGAUGACGUUGACGUGGCGAUCUCUGGUUUGUUUGUUAUUCACUAAAUUGUACAGUUUUCCCUUUAUUUCGCCAUUUUGUAAUUUAAGGAUGUGACAUUCCAAAGAGCUUAUUCUGAGAAUCCUUUUGGAAGUUCAGACCAAUUUGGAAAAUAAAAUUCACUAAUUUCUCUCUC